AUGAUGUACAAGUUAAUCUCAACACUCAUAAUCAAUAAAGAUGAAUAUCUAGAAGACGAACAAGUGUCAGGGGGUAAUGAUAAAUUAAAAAAAGGCAAACACAUGAAGAAAAUAUGGCUACACAGAAGCGAUAAUGAACUAGCUACUGGAAUAUAUCCGUAUAUUUUGCCACUUUCUAUUUUUAAUACGUCGAAACUUCCAAAGUGCCAAAUGUUUAUUAACUCAUUAUGCUUACUGAAUAUAAUAAUCCCUGCAUCUUUAUGUCUUAUGGGAAGUCCACCAAUAAAUUUGCCUCCAUGUCUCAAUUCUGGGACGAGAACUACUAUUAAUGAACGAUAUGGUUGUUCAUGUUCAGAUUCAAACAUGGAUAGACAGUGCAAACUACUCUCCGUUAAUGUUGCCAAUACUCCUAUUGAAAUCCCUUUCUCUUCUUUUGUUAUUAAUAUAACCAAUCAACGAACUGUACAUAUCGGUUUCCAGUUUAUUACUUCAGACAAUAGUGGAAAUGGAACCUUGCUCACAGUUAGGAAUAUGAAUUCUACACAUUUUGUUGGAGGUCAGCUUAUUCAACUCACGGCUUUUCUUGAAUUCGGAAGACUUGGUGUGAACUUUGUAUAUUUGUCGAAUUCAAGGACUCUGCGUUCCUCUUCAGGUGGUGUUGCACUAAAUGAUAAUGCUUGGCAUUACGUAGACAUAUUUCUAGACACUCAGGUUAAUGGAGAAUGGAAUCUAGUUGCAUUGAUAGACCGCUGUAAAUAUUCAGAGUUAGGACCGUGCUCAGUGAAUGACAAAAUUACUUUACCAGUGAACUCAAUAAAAAUGGGGGGAUAUCUCCUAUUGGGUGAUGAAUCUGGUCCAACUGCAGAACGCUUCAGAGGAUGCUUUGAUAGUGUCAUGAUAAAUAGAGAGCUAGUUGACUUUUAUCCAGUACUUCUGUCACAAGUGUCUCGAAGAGGAUGUCCAGAUUCUGAAAGAGGUUGUGUAAGAGGUGGUGUGAAGUUGUGUGGAAAUCACGGGAAAUGUCGAAAUGCUAUAAGUUCUACUGACAUACUGACUUGUCAAUGUGAAGUUGGUUAUCGACCUAAUAUAACUGGAGCCCUAAAACCUCAUAGAUGGCCAUGUGAAGCUGUUUCUGAAGGUUGGUCAACAACUGGCACUGUAUACAAUGCAUUAUUCACCGAUAAAGUGCCUAAUCGUUUACGACUGAGCGUAAGAACAAGAAUACAAACAUUGAUAGUGUUUGCUGUUGCCGCAUGGAAACUUUCUAUAAGUGUUACAAACGGAAUACCAGAUCUGCGUUUUGAUAAUCAAGUAAUCACGCUGAGUAGAGUAAAUAUUUCUGACGGAAAUUGGCAUAUCUUCGAAGUAACAUUUACAUCAAGAUUCUUAGACAUAAGAAUAGAUGAACUUGACAAAGAUUAUUAUGAUUCACGUCAUUUCUCCGAUAAAGAAAUUUCCAGAGGUUCAGUUGAUAUCAUAAUUGCUAAUGGAGCUAAAGAAACUUGUUUAGAUGAUGCUUGGAUAGAUUUUCGCAACAUAUGGCCGGAUUUUGAACAAGACUAUCCCUAG